UCUCUCUCUCAUUAUAAAUUAUCAUUGCUUCAUUACCCUUUACGCUCAGCUUUGCCCUUCAAAAAACCCACCUUUUCUCUCUCUCUCUCCACCGUCUCCACAGCUUUUCCGGCGGUUGUUUUUUUGCUUUCAUGGCGGAGCACGACAUGACUCUGUCGGUCAACGGCCACUCUCAAGUUCCUCCGGGCUUCCGUUUCCACCCCACUGAAGAGGAGCUUCUACAUUAUUACCUUAGGAAGAAGGUUGCCUUUCAAAAGAUUGAUCUUGAUGUCAUUCGUGAUGUUGAUCUUAACAAGCUCGAGCCUUGGGAUAUUCAAGAGAAAUGCAAGAUCGGAUCCACCCCACAAAACGAUUGGUACUUCUUUAGCCAUAAGGACAAGAAGUAUCCAACUGGAACUCGCACGAAUCGUGCUACGGCGGUUGGAUUUUGGAAAGCCACUGGUCGUGAUAAGAUCAUUUACACUGGAUCUAAAAGAAUUGGGUUGAGAAAAACUUUAGUCUUUUAUAAGGGACGAGCCCCUCAUGGCCAAAAGUCUGAUUGGAUUAUGCAUGAAUACCGUCUAGACGAUUGUGACCGUGACAACAAUAUUUGUAACUCGAUUGGAGAGCCACAAGUGUCGGAGGAUGGGUGGGUCGUAUGUCGAAUUUUCAAAAAGAAGAGCUACCAAAAGUGCGUAGAUAGCCCGAAGGCAGGUGGGUCGGAUUCCGAGGUUCGAUUACUAAACGCGAACAACGAUGGAGUUUUGGAUCAAAUACUUAAUUAUAUGGGAAGAACAUGCAAGCUAGAAAUGGAGUCAUUUUCCAAUAUCAACUACAACAACCAAUCUUCAAGAUUAAUACUCAACUCAAAGAACAACAUAGAAGAUCAACAACAAAAAGUUGACAAAUCAUUCAUGCAUCUACCAAGGCUAGAUAGCCCCACAACCGUCCCUUCAAUAGUCUCCCACCACCAACUCGAAACAACACCGUUCGACUACAACAUCAUCUUCAAUCACGAGAUGCUUUUAGAACCAACAGAGCCAAUGCCAGAGCUCGUCCAUGACCGACCUAUGGUCAAGCUCGACAACUGGGUUGCCCUUGACCGACUUGUUGCAUCCCAAUUGAACGGUCACAACGAAAGAUCCAUCGAAGACAGAGAACACGAACAACAACAUCAUCAUCAUAUGCAAGUAUCAAGCAGAGGAUUGGGAUAUGGGCAUGAGAAUGAUAUCUGGGGCUUCACUAAGUCAGCGUCUCCCUCAUCAUUAGACCCACUAUCCCAUUUCUCCGUUUAAUUAGCCUUAGUGUAUAUCAAAAUAUCCAUAUUUAUAUAUGCAUCUAUGUAUUCCUAAUAAGUUCUUCUCCAUAUCUAUACACCGCCCAACUUUUCC